GUUUUCGCACCGCAGUUCCUAGCUCUCCACCCCAGGCUUCCGGACUGGAAGGACAGCUGGGGAUAAAACGCGCCUGGUGAAGCCCAGGAGUCACUGGCCACUGAGACUCAGCCCGACUUUCCCUGCGAGCUGGGAUCCUGCUGGAACCUCCGCGACAAGAUGAGCUCCGCAGCCGGGUCCCGCGCCUCCCGCCCUGGGCUGCUGCUCCUGGGGUUGCUGCUCCUGUCAGCUGUGGUCGCCUUCGCCAGCGCUGAUGCUGAAGAAGGAGAUGGGGACCUGCAGUGCCUGUGUGUGAAGACCACCUCCCAGGUCCGUCCCAGGCACAUCACCAGCCUGGAGGUGAUCAAGGCCGGACCCCACUGCCCCACUGCCCAACUGAUAGCCACACUGAAGAAUGGGAGGAAAAUUUGCUUGGACCUGCAAGCCCCACUGUACAGGAAAAUAGUUAAGAAACUUUUGGAGAGUUAGCUGCCUAAGUGUGUGCAUUUGCCUUAUAACAUACUUUCCCCCCUACUUUCAAUGUAACUAUGAAAGAACUUCUGAUAUUUGUAUUAUCCCUCUAGUUUUAAACAAAAUAAAUCAA